AUGUUGUUAAGUAUAAAAAGUAUCUUAUGGAUGUACUCUACAUUAGUUAUAACAUGUAUGCUACCUAAAGUGAAAGCAGAAAAAAAAACCCUAGUCAAGGGAUCUCUCUCUGGAACUUCAGUCCUGCCAUGCUUCUUUUCAACCACACCCACCAUAUCCUCCAGCUACGCUGCCGAGUACCUCCGGAUCAAAUGGUCCAAGGUGGAACUGGACAAAAGCGGGAAGGACGCCAAGGAAACCACAGUCCUGGUGGCCCAAAAUGGCAACAUCAAAAUAGGCCAGAGCUACAAGGACAGGGUGUCUGUCCCGAGCCAUUCCGAGGAGACCGGUGACGCCUCGCUGACCUUCUCCAAGCUGCGUGCCAGCGACGCCGGGGUCUACCGCUGCGACGUCAUGUACGGAGUGGAGGACACACAGGCCAUCCUCUCUCUGGCUGUUGAGGGUGUGGUGUUUCACUAUAGGGCUGCCACGAGCAGGUACACCCUGAAUUUCACACAGGCCCACCAGACCUGCCGGGACAAUGGUGCUGUCAUGGCCAGCCCAGAGCAGCUGAAAGCAGCCUAUGAGGAUGGGUUUGAGCAGUGUGAUGCUGGCUGGGUGUCUGACCAGACUGUCAGGUAUCCAAUUAGACAUCCAAGAGUUGGCUGCUUUGGAGAUAAGAUGGGAAAGAAAGGAGUCAGGACGUACGGGCGCCGCUUCCCUAACGAGACUUACGAUGUUUAUUGCUACGUGGAGCGCAUGGAAGACGACGUGGUCCACGUCUCGGCCCCCCAGAAGUUCACCUUCGAGGAAGCUAGGGAGCUGUGCGAGGAGCGAGGCGGUGUCCUGGCAUCCGUGGGGAACCUCUACGUGGCCUGGAGGAACGGCUUUGACCAGUGUGACUACGGGUGGCUGGCGGACGGCAGCGUCCGGUACCCGGCCUCCGUGGCACGGCCGCAGUGCGGCGGGGGUUUGCUUGGGGUGAGAACCCUGUAUCGCUAUGAGAACCAAACAGGCUUCCCUUACCCCGAUAGCAAGUUUGAUGCCUACUGCUAUGAACGCCAAGAUCCCUGCAAGAGCAGCCCCUGCCUCAACGGCGGUACCUGCUACCCACGUGGUUCCUUCUACAUCUGUACCUGUCUGCCAGGUUUCAACGGGGAGCAAUGUGAAUUAGAUAUCGACGAGUGCCAGUCCAACCCGUGCCGGAACGGAGCCACGUGCAUUGAUGGCCUCAACACCUUCACCUGCCUGUGCCUGCCCAGCUACAUUGGAGCUCUCUGUGAACAAGACACGGAGACCUGUGACUACGGCUGGCACAAGUUCCAGGGACAGUGCUACAAGUACUUCGCACACCGGCGCACGUGGGACACGGCGGAGCGGGAAUGCCGCCUGCAGGGAGCUCACCUGACCAGCAUCCUCUCCCACGAGGAGCAGAUCUUCGUCAACCGUAUUGGCCAUGACUACCAGUGGAUUGGCCUCAAUGACAAGAUGUUUGAGCGUGAUUUCCGCUGGACUGAUGGUAGCCCACUGCAAUAUGAGAACUGGAGACCAAACCAGCCAGACAGCUUCUUUUCUGCUGGAGAAGAUUGUGUUGUUAUAAUCUGGCAUGAGAAUGGGCAGUGGAAUGAUGUCCCGUGCAAUUAUCACCUUACGUAUACCUGCAAAAAAGGAACAGUGGCUUGUGGCCAGCCUCCCGUGGUGGAAAAUGCAAAGACCUUUGGGAAGAUGAAGCCUCGUUAUGAGAUCAACUCCCUCAUCAGAUACCACUGCAAGGAUGGUUUCAUCCAGCGCCACAUCCCGACCAUCCGGUGCCAGGGCAACGGACGAUGGGACAUGCCCAAAAUUACUUGCAUGAAUCCCUCCACAUACCAAAGGACUUACUCUAAGAAAUACUACUACAAACACUCCUCAUCAGGCAAGGGGACAUCAUUAAACUCAUCCAAGCACUACCACCGCUGGAUCAGGACGUGGCAGGACUCGAGGCGCUGA